UGUCGUCACUCCGCGCGUCCAGGCGAAGCGGCGCUGUCGCGGGUGUUUGGGGGUCUGCGCGGUGGUGGCCAUGGGUCCGCGCGUGCAGCUCCCGCCCGAGAUCCAGCUGGCGCAGCGCCUGGCGGGGAACGAGCAGGUGACGCGGGACCGGGCGGUGAGGAGGCUCCGGAAAUACAUCGUCGCCAGGACUCAGCGGCCCACAGGUGGUUUCACUCACGAUGAGCUGCUGAAGGUGUGGAAAGGGCUGUUUUACUGCAUGUGGAUGCAGGACAAGCCCCUCCUCCAGGAGGAACUAAGCAGGACCAUUUCCCAGCUCAUGCACGCUUUUCGGAGCACAGAGGCACAGCUCCUGUUCCUUCAGACGUUCUGGCAAACCAUGAAUCGUGAGUGGACGGGCAUAGACAGACUGCGGCUGGAUAAGUUCUACAUGCUCAUGCGGAUGGUCCUGAAUGAGUCCUUGACGGCCCUGAAGACACGAGGAUGGGAAGAGAGACAGACCGAACAGCUGCUGGAGCUGCUGAUGACUGAGAUCCUGCACCCUGAUAGCCAGGCCCCCAACGGGGUGAAGAGCCACUUCAUCGAGAUCUUCCUGGAGGAGCUGACCAAAGUGGGCGCUGACCAGCUGACGGCCGAGCAGAACCUCAGGUUUAUUGAUCCCUUCUGCAGAAUCGCUGCCCAGACCGAGGACUCCCUGGUUUUGCAUAACAUCACUCGAGGCAUCUUUGAAACGAUCGUGGAACAGGCCCCGUUUGCCAUCGAAGACCUAAUGAAGGAAUUGGAGGAAGAGGAGGAGAUGGAGGAGGGCGACGAGGAGAUGUCGGGGGGUGAGGAGCAGGAGCGGGAGCAGGCCGUGCCGUUGAAGAAGCCACCCAAAGGCUCUGUCCGUGGGGUUGAACCUGACGUGGACGAGGAGCAGGCAGAAGACGACGAGGACAGCACUGGCCCCGUCCUCCAGUUCGACUAUGAGGCCGUUGCCAACAGACUGUUCGAGGUGGCCAGUCACCAGAGCACCCCUUCUCAGAACAGGAAGCGUCUCUACAAGGUGAUCCGAAAGUUGCAGGACCUUGCAGAAGGUGUCUUCCCUGAGGACGAUGUCCCAGAAAAAGCCUACAGGAGUCUGCAAGAAGGGAGGCGGGAGAGAAAGGCCAAGAAGCGUUUGCGCAAAUCCCGGUUGCAGAACAAGACAGGGAAAGGUGGAAAGGAGGACCCGCCAGACCUGAGCUCCGGAUCUGAGGGGACGAGGAGGCGGCGGCCGGGCGCGGCUGCUGACCCAGCUGCGCCCCAGGAGCAGCCCAGGGACCGAGGCAGGAGAGGGGCUCGCAUGAGGAGGCGGCGGCCUCGGGUGGGGGCCAAAGUGAAGGUGGCCGAUGGCCGGGGGCCAGAGACGAAGAAGCAGCGGCCCCUGGAGAGCCGGAAGUGA